UAUGGGCGCUUAUUUUUACUAAACUUUUACACUACAUUCAUGUCGGAUCGUGAAGAGCUCAUUCGCAAUGCUAUUGCAUUUCUUUCAGAUCCCAAAUCUCAAUCAUCUCCACUAGCUCAACGUAUUCAAUUUCUCGAGGCAAAGGGCCUUACCCCGCCUGAAAUUGACUUGGCCGUUCGGCAAGCAACAAAUCAGUCUGCUGCUGCUGCUAUUCCUUACAACCCAGGGUUCCCUCCUGCGUUUGGCUCACCGUAUCCUGCUCAGCAGUGGGACUGGAGGGAUUACUUUAUUACUGCCGUAGCAUCCGGGACUAUUCUUUAUGGCGCAGUCUCCCUAUUCCAGAAAUACCUUUCGCCGCACCUUCAGCCUCCAGAAACGACUGUUUACGAAGGCGACCGGGAUGCUCUGACAGCUCAAUUCGAUGCAGCGGAAGUCCUUCUCAAGGAAAUCCAAUCAGAAACCGCCGCCGUCAAGCAAGCCGUGCAAGACCAGAAGGAAAAGGUGGACAAGACAACGAGAGACGUGGAAGCAGCCGUUUCGGAAAUGCGGAGUGCGGAAGCUAGAGCCAGGGACGAAAUGCGGGAAAUUAGAGAGGAGGUCAAUACCAUUCGCGAUAUGCUCCCUAAAAUGAUUGAGAAAAACAAAGAUACGCAGACACAGUCCCUUGCUGAAUUACAGCAAGAGCUCAAAUCUCUCAAAGCCUUGCUGCUAAGUAGAGGACCGAAUGUGUCUAGUACUCCUCCACCUGCACCGAUGGUUGGUCGUCCAUCAAUACCAAGUUGGCAGUUGGCCAGCAAUAAUAAUCCAAGCAACCCGGGGCCCACAUCAUUUACUACACCAUCGCCCGCAAUAACAUCACUUUCACCAAGCAAUACCGCCUUCACAAACGGGAAAGGCAAAGAGCGAGAGGAGCCUGCAUUGACUAUAACUUCAUGAUGAUGUUUUAUUGUAGCAAUGUAAUCUAUCUUGAAUGUAUCCAUCCCAUUCUUACUAGACAUUAUGAUAUUACGACG